UAUAAAUAGGUGGCCCAAAACCCCCAACCAGUGAGAUCAGAAAGCGACAGGUUUUUUUAUGCCACUGUGAGAGUCCAAACAUCACUCGCCGGAGCUCCUCCUCCUCCGCCCUCGCGGCUCCCGGAAUUCAUCAAGACGCUCAAGCUCUCAGCGGAGCAUGCUCUCAGCACGUUUUUAUGUGUCCAGAUGAUAUUAUGACGGGUCAAAAGAAGUCUGCAAAUGAUGCUCAUGAAGUAUUCACCUGUGAUGAUGACAUCCUACAUGAGAUCCUACUCCGUCUGCCAGAGAAAUCUGUUUUCAGUUUAAUACUCGUAUCGAAGAGGUGGCUUCAUGUGAUAUGUAGCCCUUCUUUUCGAUGUGAUUACCAUGCUCGAUGGAAAGUAAAUUAUCAUCUUUUGGGCUUCUUUGUGUGCAACCAUCUUUACCUCGGAAUAUCUAAAUAUGGCAUGCGGCGGCCCCUAACAGAGCCCGCAAUUCAUUUUUUGUCAGCCUGUGAGGAAGGUGAUAAUCUAAUGGUUUCUGCACCCAAACAGCUUGGUUACUUUCUUGGCACUUCCAAUGGCCUACUUCUUUUUGGCCGCCAUCCAAUGACAUAUACGGUGUGGAACCCAGUCAGCAAACAGCUAUGCAAACUUCCUCAACCUCAGCAGUUCUAUCAAAGUUUGUGCAUGGCAUUCCUCACUGUCGAAGAUGACUGUUUUAAUGACGCAGUCCACUACAAGGUUAUUCGGGCAAAAUGUAACUGCAGACGGGAAUCUAAAACUGUCUCCAUUGAGACUUACUCUUCAAUCAGCGGUACAUGGAAGCAUUUCACUCUCACUUGCUCUUCAACAUUUGCAUUGCGUCCUUGGAGAGAGGCUACUGUAGUUAAUGGUAUCCUACACUGGUUUGCAACCCAGGGAAACCUAGCCAUUUAUGAUCCACGUCUUGGAAACAGGCGUAUAAAUCUGCUUAAAUUACCAGAAGGGAGGAUUUCUCAAGAUUAUGAUGAGUGCGUUCUUGGGCAUUCUUCAGAUGGGCUUUUGCAGUAUGGUCAGAGCAGUACGUCUGGCGUGGAAAUAUGGGUUCUCGAGGCCGGAGAAAGUAGUUUCUCAUCGAUCAGCACAGGCAAUGUGCAGUCACAGAAGAAGUGGAAUUUGAGGUACAGACUCGGUUUCAAGGCGAUGUGGAAGCAGAAUCCAGACCAUGGAAAGCAUUCGAAAGAAGCUAAACUUAUGGCAUUCCUUCAUCAGAAUUCCGAGUAUAUCUUCAUAAGAGCUGGAUGGAACAUAUAUUUCUUCCACCUGAAAAGCCAGAAGCUUAAAGAGAUUCGAUAUCUUGGUCGUGACCCUUCGAUUCAAUGGGAUGACAGCACAGUGGUGCCUUUCUAUAGACCGUCUUGGCCACGCUCUUCUUUAUGUCCCUGGAUGUAGACUACGGCUUGCUGAAUUGCCAUUUCCGACGAGCAAACUGUUUGAAAAUCUGUAUCAAAUGGAUCCCUGUCGUGCCUUGGGUUUCAUUUGAAUUUUUCGUUCUGCGGUUUGAGAUGUUCGUGUAUAUGUGUCAGACGGUGUUUUUUAUUUUUCGUUAAGGCUUUGUUGUUGUUUGCGAACA